GCGCGCCAGUCAGCUGGCGGCGGGGCGCUCCGCGCCGCUCGCGUCCGUCGCCGCCGCCGGCUGCCGCGCCACGCUGCACGGCCGCUCUCUCCACUAGUGUCGUGUUUACUCUCCACGAGGAAACUCGUGUCGUUGGCGAGCUGAGCUUUUACGCACGUGUUCUUACGCUAACAUGUUUUUUUCGCAACUUGCGGGUUUAUCGCACAAGAUUAAAUAUAUAAGAUAUCAUCAAUGGGCAGUCGUAGUUGUCUAUUCUUCAUAAUAGUGCAGUGCUUAUAGUGGCGUAAAAUUGACGAGAUGCAGUGUCGAUUACUAUUUUAUUGUGGUCGGUAAACGCGGUCCGAGUGAUGUUCGGAACCAUAAGCCUGGCCGUGUGGAGUGUGUGGUGGGUGGCGGCCGGCGGUGUUCAACCGCCUUUACUAAACGUACCGCUUUGCUGUCCCGCCGGCCAAGAAUUAGGACAAGAGGCAAUUUCGCGCAACUUAACGCAAGUUCUGUCGGUCGCAGACGCCAUCGAAGCCUGCCAGCCCUCCGACAGACGAGACCCGUGGAAGCCUCGCAUCUAUGCCCCAGCGAGAGGCUCUUUUAUGGUGCGGUUGCCGGCUCACUGGCACUUGGCGUACGGAGCCAUCCCCGACUGCGAUAAGGUUCGCGUGCUUCCCGAGCACGCAGCAGCGUAUGCGUUGCUCGCUAACAAUGGCUCUCUGUGGUUACGCAGUGCGGCGCUCGCGUUGCCGACGAGCGUUUACUGUGCUGAUGCAACCGCUGCACUAGUCUGUGUCGAGAAUGCUCCCCAUCCGCCUUCCAAGUGUUGCCCCGAAAACAGAACGUUCGAUGGAAUCAGAUGUAUCGAUGAUGAACGCCGUGCGGCGAAGACGGUGCUAGAAUUGAACGCUCUCGCGAAUGGUAGCGCGGUCGGAGUCGGGUGGCCGGCGUGCGCGGAGGGGCUGCGUUACGCGGUAGCGGGAGCUCUGCGAGGAGCGAAGCUAGAUAAGGAGGGAGGACUUCAACUAGUGCAAGGAGAGUGGCUCGCGGCCGGCGCUUGGUGCGCUGAGGCCGUGGUGGACGAGGACGAGCCACGAAUCCUAGCAUGCGAGGCGGCGGCGCGAGCCACUAGACCAGCCCAGGCCACGCGGCACGCGCUGUACGGCGCCGGGCUGGCAGUGGGCGCGGCGUUCCUGGCGGCGACCCUGGCAGCCGGCUUCGCGCUGCCCGCCGCACACCACGCGCUCCACUGGCGCUGCCAGACGCACUACGUGGCGGCGCUGAUGCUGGGCGACGUGCUGCUCGCCGCCACGCAAUUGGCCGGGGACAGGGUGCCUCCGACGCUAUGUCGAGCUCUCGCGGUGUGUAUGCACUUUCUGUUCCUGUCAGCGUUCUUCUGGCUCAACACGAUGUGUUUCAACAUAUGGUGGACAUUUAGAGACUUCCGGCCGACGAGCCUGGAGCGCGGCCAGGAGGCGUGGCGGCUGCGCGUGUACAUGCUGUACGCGUGGGGCGGGCCGCUCGUGGUGGCCGGCGCGGCCGCGCUGCUCGACCAGCUGCCACCCGCCGCCGCCGGUGCCGGCGCCGCGCCCUUCCUGCGCCCGCGCUUCGCCGUCCAGCGCUGCUGGUUCUACGGUGACAUGGAGAUCCUCGUCUACUUCUUCGGCCCCGUCGGCGUGCUGCUGCUCGUCAACCUGGCACUCUUUAUAUCUACCACGCGCCAGCUCACCUGCGGGCUCUGGCGGCGGGACGAGGUCAAGUCCACUUCGGAAAGGGCGGCGCUGGGGCGCGUGUGUGCCAAGCUGGUGGUGGUGAUGGGAGUGACUUGGGGCGCGGACGUGGUGUCGUGGGCGGCCGGCGGGCCCGACUACGUGUGGUACGCGACGGACCUGCUGAACGCGCUGCAGGGCGUGUUCAUCUUCCUGGUGGUGGGGUGCCAGCCGCACGCGUGGGCCGCGCUGCGGCGGUGCGCGGCGGCGCGCUGCUGCCGCUGGUGCUGCGGGGCCGCGGCCGCCGCCGACGGCGCCGGCGCCGCCGCGCGCGCCACGCACUCCUCCACGCACCUGCCCUCCUGCGGCGAGUCGCUCACGCACACCACCGCCGCGCCCGCGCCCGCGUCCGCCGCCGCCGCCGCCGCCGCCCCCGCCCCCGCCAAGAUCCCCAUGGAGACGGUGUGCUGAGUGGUGCGUGCCCGUGCAGUGCAGACUAGUGCCUACUGCCCCGCGAAUCCAGCUUUAAUGUACUUCUCGUAUGUCAUACGUGUAUUUAUUCUACAGUAUUAUUUUUGUAUUUGUGUUUAACGAUUACGAUAACAGUGUAUCGUAUGAUUGUGUGUAACAGUAGAUAGUGAUCCGUAUCUACGAGUACAGCGAGACUGUCGGCCGCUACGAGAGGCUCUGUGUAGUUCGUUAUGUCCGCGAGGCGAAAUAGUUGUGUAAUUAAUGACUAAGUAAGUAGUGACGUGCACUCCGUGCAUCCUCACAAUGAAUGUCGACGAGACUUUCGCUCUUGCCUGUUCGAUUGGCUGUUGAAUAAAAAUUAAUGAUGUAA